UUACUGCUACCUUUUGGAGAGCCGUGACCACCGGCGCUCACUCCAGUGUACGGUUCUGGGAGAGUUCCGCUAUAAGAUUCGAAAAUGCCUCGUUUUACCGUCCACGUCCGAGAUGAGUGGCUGGCAGUGCCCUGCCGGGACACCUCCAACACCAUCCGAUGGCUUGGACACGAAGCCCUCAAACGCUAUAUGAAGAACAAGCCGGAUAACGGAGGCAUCCAGGCGUUGAAGGACAUCCGCUUUGUGGCGCGCAGGUGUCAGGGUUUGGGUCUGCUAGACGCCGAGGACACCAUCGAUGAUGUCCUGGAGGAUAAUGACUUUGUCGAACUGGCCAUUGAAGGAGACACAGUGUCCCCUGACUUCAUACCAUGUCAACCUGGAGUUUCCCAUCUCACAGCGGCCUACCGAGAGCCUGGAGAUUAUAUUUGUUUGGAUGGCAACAGUCUGACAUCGACAGACCUGGUCGACUUAGGCAGAGGCCUGUACAAGAUAAAGCUGACUGCUGAGGCCGAGAUGAAAGUUGUGCAAUCCAGGGAGCUUCUGGACACCAUUGUGAAGGAAAACAAAGUUGUUUACGGGAUCACGACCGGAUUUGGCAAAUUUGCUCGGACUGUCAUACCUGUCAGCAAACUCAAGGAGCUGCAGGAGAACCUGGUGCGUUCACACUCAGCAGGCGUGGGAAACCCACUAAGCCCGGAGAGGACUCGCAUGCUGUUGGCACUGAGGAUCAACGUUCUGGCCAAAGGGCACAGUGGCAUCUCUCUGGAGACCCUUCAUGCCAUGAUCCAGGCCUUUAACGCUUCCUGCCUCUCGUUCGUCCCCGAGAAGGGCACAGUGGGGGCCAGCGGAGACCUGGCGCCGCUUUCACACUUGGCUCUGGGGCUAAUGGGCGAGGGUAAAAUGUGGUCCCCUAAGAGCGGGUGGGCUGAUGCCAAAUAUGUCCUGGAGGCCCACGGUCUAAAGCCAAUAUCGCUGAAGCCCAAAGAGGGCCUGGCUCUGAUCAAUGGCACCCAGAUGAUCACCUCGUUGGGGGCGGAGGCCGUGGAGCGAGCCCAGGCCAUCGCUCGCCAGGCGGACAUCAUCGCCGCGCUCACCCUGGAAGUGCUGAAGGGAACCACCAAGGCCUUUGACAGCGACAUCCACUCACUGAGACCCCACCCUGGACAAAUUGAGGUGGCCCAACGCUUCCGCUCACUGCUGGACUCUGAUCACCAUCCAUCGCAGAUUGCAGAGAGCCAUCGCUUCUGCGAUAGAGUCCAGGAUGCCUACACUAUGCGCUGCUGUCCUCAGGUCCACGGUGUUGCCAAUGACACCAUCCAAUUUGUCCUGAACAUCAUCAACACAGAAAUCAACAGCGCCACCGACAACCCUAUGGUUUUUGCCGAAAGAGGUGAGACUAUUUCAGGUGGGAAUUUUCAUGGAGAGUACCCAGCCAAGGCUCUUGACUUUUUAGCCAUAGCUGUCCAUGAACUGGCAUCCAUCAGCGAGAGGAGGAUCGAGAGGUUGUGCAACCCCUCCCUGAGUGAGCUACCGGCCUUCCUGGUCAAUGAGGGGGGUCUCAACUCUGGCUUCAUGAUCGCUCACUGCACUGCUGCUGCAUUAGUUUCUGAGAAUAAAGUCUUAUGCCAUCCAUCCUCUGUGGACUCAUUGUCCACCAGUGCUGCCACAGAGGACCACGUGUCCAUGGGGGGAUGGGCUGCCAGGAAGGCAUUGAGAGUGGUGGAGCAUGUGGAGCAAGUCCUCGCCAUUGAGCUGUUGGCGGCCUGUCAGGGCAUCGAGUUUCUGCGUCCACUCCGCACCACCACGCCGCUGGAGAAGGUCUAUGACCUUGUGCGCAGCGUGGUCAAGCCGUGGAUUAAAGACAGAUUCAUGUCGCCAGACAUUGAGGCGGUCCACCGUCUCCUGCUGGACCAGAAGGUGUGGACAGUGGCCAAGCCUUACAUUGACAAAUAUCAGAUGGAGUACAUCCCGGAGUCCCGCCCCAUCUCUCCAACCGCCUUCUCCCUGGAAUCGCCGCCCUCACCUCGAAAGCGUUGUCGUCAUGAGUGAAGCAAUAAAAUAUGAAUACAAUCCGCAA